AUGUAAUUUGUUUCAGAGGUAUAGAAAAAUGAAUGCCGUUUUGGAAAAGCCAAUACUUGUUUCUCUUUUGAGAGACUUCGAUCUCGAUCCUCCUAACUGUCCUGACACAGAGUUUCGUGAUCUUUUUAAAAGAAGUCCAAAUCUUCUCAAAACUUUUCGUGAAACAAAGGCAUUUACACUAUUGAAACCAAGUGAGGGAAAGGUUGGUGACUUGACAUGCAUGCCUGAUGAGAAACUUUGUGAGGACUUUGUCAGAGUAAGGAAUGAGUUAAAGGCUUAUCUUACAGCAAAAACCAAGCCGCUACGUGCUACUCCACACCAAAAAAUGACUGGAAUCGUGCUCGCAGAAAAUAUUCAAAGGACGGUCCAAUAUAUAAAUGAUGACGAUCUUAGAAUGCUUUCAAAAUCCCUUCCCACAAUAUUUAAAGAAAAGAAUGAUGCUAUGACAGGAUCUGCCUUAGACACAUAUAGAACCGAGAUGUGCAAAAACUGGCCACUUCCAAGUCAACCAGAAACAUUAAUGCAAUUGCAUGAGAGAACCAAAAAUGUUGCUUUUGAAUACAUUGACAGAUAUUGUUUUAUCAUUGAAGGAAGCGUUGAAAUAGAUAAAGAGGCAUUUACGAUUGACAUUGAAAACAUUUUCAAAGACAUCCAAAAAGAUAAAUGCAAGGACGCACUUCUGUCAGCUAUUUGUGAUAUCGAAAACAAAUUGAAAAGAGAAGCAUACUUUGAGAUUGAUGGAUUAGAAAGACUUUUUAAAGAUUAUGAUGAAGCGGAAAAGGCGUAUAAAGAAAUGAAAAACUUAGGGCCAGAGAAACUUAGUGUCUGGGAGGCAUACAAUAAGGAAAUGGACACAAUUAAAGAUCUUAUAAAGCAAAAGGUAAGGCUCAUAGAAACAGAACACUCUGUAGCUGACCUUCAAAUGGAAAAAAGACAGCUAAACGAAAGGAUAGAAAUGGACAGGAAAGCUUUCGAAGAGAAGUUGAAAGAAUUUCAGAACAAGGAAAGGAACGACAGUGUACGACAAAUGGGCACCGGCUCAGAAACAAGUGGAGCUCGUUCUUCGUCACCAGUUGAUGGAGCUCGUUCUUCGUCCCCAGAUGGAGCUCGUUCUUCGACACCAGAUGGUAACAGUUACUGUUGUUUUUAA